GACAAGGUCGCGCACCUCUGCCAGAUAGGACAAAUAGCUUCUUCUGUUCCAUGAGUGACUCGAUUUUCUAGAUUGUUUGAUAAUUCAUCUUCUUUGCAGAACUAUUCAGGCAAAUCUAACUGAACUUUUUUCGUUAUGGCUGCGAAGAACGACAAAAACUGGAAGGUCAUCGCUGAACGUAAGCGUAGCUUUCGCGACAACAGUAUACCAGAAGAAUGGAUAAUACCACCUGAAUUACUGCCGGCCAAAGAGACGAAGGACGUUCACAGAUUUCCAUAUGACAGUGGAUUGUUUUCGACUCAAGAGCUCGUUAUCACGGAUAGCUCGGCCUCUGAAGUUGCCAUCAAGAUUGCUAAAGGUGAGUGGUCUGCCUUUGAAGUGACUAGGGCACUCUGCAAGAGAGCGGCAAUUGCUCAGCAGCUUGUCAAUUGCCUUACAGAAAUACUCUUUGAUUCUGCCAUGGCACGUGCCAAGGAACUAGAUGAGUAUUACAAACGUGAGGGCAAGGUAAUCGGUCCAUUACAUGGGGUACCGAUAAGUCUGAAAGAUCAGUUCAAUAUUAAAGGUGUUGAUUCGACAAUUGGCUAUGUCUCGUAUAUUGGAAAACCAGCCCGAUCAGACUCGACCUUGGUUUCGCAACUCAUCAACGCCGGUGCUAUACCUUAUGUGAAAACAAACGUACCCGCAACACUUAUGAUGGGUGAAUCUGUUAACAACAUAUUCGGGCGCACAUCACACCCAUAUAACCGGGAACUUACGUCAGGAGGGUCGUCUGGGGGAGAGUCUGCGCUUCUCUGCUUUCGUGGAAGCCUUCUAGGUGUGGGUACAGACAUUGGUGGCUCCAUCCGCCAUCCAUCAAGUUUUACUGGCUUGUAUGCACUCAGACCAUCUCAAGGUCGCGUAAGCUACAUGAACGUGGCAAAUACAUACGUGGGUCAGGAAGCGGUCAGGAGUUCAGCAGGACCCAUGUGUCAUUCGGUAGCCGACAUACGACUGUUCAUGAAAACUAUUAUAGACCAAAAGCCUUGGCUCGUGGACCCCGAAAUACUUCCUCUUCCGUGGAGGGAGGACGAGGAGAAACUUCCGGAUAAGCUUUGUUUCGGCUUUGCAAUGGGAGAUGGAACCGUUACACCAAGCCCGCCGCUACGUAGAGCCAUGGAAAUCACCAAAGAAAAACUUGAACGGGCUGGUCAUAAUAUCAUUGAGUUUAUUCCUCACGAGCAUAUGGAGGCUGUAAAGCUCAUACAUAAAAUGUGGUCUGCAGAUGCGGGCGAGGAGUUUCAACGGGAUACCAACGCUUCCGGAGAACCACUUCAUCCGCAACUUGAAUCUUGGCUUGGAAAGACUGCAAAUGUCAGAAAACAAACUGUAUCCGAAACGUGGCAGACGCAACAUGCAAGAACGAUGUUGGCGCAAAGGUGGCUCGACCGUUGGGAGAAAACAAAGGAGAUAAGCGGCACAGGAAGACCUAUUGAUGGUCUCAUUAUGCCGAGUACGCCAUUUCCUGCGAUACAACACGAUGGUGGGUACCCUCAUCACUGGGGCGUGCUGUCGCCUCUGCUUGAUCUGUCCACUGGAGUAUUUCCAGUCACAAAAGUAGACCUUGAGAAAGAUGUUAUCCCAUCCUCGUGGAAACCUAUCUCAAAUUUGGAUCAAAAACUUAUGGAGUAUUAUGGAAGGCCACAAAACCAUGAAAAUGCACUUAUAGGUCUCACAAUUAUUGCUCGCCGUCUUGAAGAAGAGAAAGUUGUCGCCAUGUUAGACAUUAUGUCAAAAGUCGUUGGACUUGAUUAUUAGGAGAGAAUUAACAGCACACUCAGAACGCUGCUUCUAGUUUCUAACCCUCUA